AGCCAUCCGACGGUCAUUCUAGGACCGAUAGCUGGCGUCCAUAUGACGGACGCACCUCGAUCCCCAGAAGUCCUAUGCGUAUGUCCACGGAUGACACUGCGACACAGGGAUCUACACACCGAUCUAUACGGACGACGCGAGCAGGCCAUGAGAAGGAGCGCUCGAUACGCGAAGAGGUAGGCGAAGAUUCACCCAACUCGCAUCUGUCUAGGUCGGAGAAAGCAAGGGAGAGGGACGACGAAGAGGAUGCGCAAGCGGGAGGAAAGUGGUGGAAACUCGUGAAGCGUAUUAGCACAGGCGGCUUGCGUGACAAGUACCGGCAGUCGCGAGAGGCCACACCGCCGCCUGUGCCUCCACUCCCGCUCGAUCUCCAGAAGGCUGCUGUGGUGACGAUCCCGGGUACCCAUUCGCCCAUCCGUGAGGGCCCAGGGGAUGGUGGUGCCAUCCUGCGUUUUAUGCAGUCUCGGGCGUCGUUAUCGGGCGUUCGCCCGUCUACAGUACCAUCCCCUAAGACCCCCUCCCGGCAUACUACUUCACGGCCAUCCACCGGAGGGAAGGCGUCCACUAGCGCCUCCGCUCAUAGACCCAGCACGACAACGAGGUCAUCGUCGCCCAUCUCGUCCGAUAUGGCGUCCUCAGGCUUUUUUCACCGUACGCAUUCGACACGCUCGUCGUCGUCAUCGUAUGGCGAGGAAGUCCCUCCUAUGCCGAACUCGGUGAGACCAGGGGUCGGACAACACAUAUUAGGUCCCAACGAGCUACGUAGGUUCGAUUCGGACCGUGCCAAGGACACGCAAGCGGCGGCGGCAGCGGCACCCAAGUCACGCAAGCCUAGCCGGUCGCACUCUGAACCUGUUGAUCAUGGACGGUCUGCGGACUCCCCAGACGAGUGCAUCCCUUUGCCGGCACCCCCGCGGCGCCGGGAACGUGGUCCACACGAGCGGUCACCGUCUCCUACAUUGCCAUCGUUCAGCACCGAUGGUGUUGUGAACCAUUUCGCGUCACCGGCGCUACCGUUACCGGAGUUCGGGCAAAUCCCUCCCCGACCGGCACGCAGUUCACGACGGAAGCCUGCAAGCAUUGAGCUGCCCGGCCCUUCCUCCACCCCCAUCCAUUCACAGCUGCCUGCGACACCUCGCACGCCUCGCCCCCACCCGCAGGUGUCGGUAGACACCUACCGCAUAUCUCCAAGCGCCGCUGCCCACGGUCAGAUGAAGCCCGUGUUAGUUACGUCUCCCACCUCUUCCCUCACGUCGCCUUCGUCGUCUAUUUCCUCACCCAACAAGUCUCCUCUCACGUUCCGCGAGAUAGAGUCACCCCGACAAGCGUGGACGGAGCAAGAAAAGGCGGACAAGUGGGAGGCGCUGCUGGAGCGGAGCGCGCGGGCAGGCGGGACCCUGCAUCUGAGCGAAUCGGGGCUGUUGUCGGAGCAAAUGCGCCUCUCGCACUACGAAGAAGACUUUUGAUGUACAUGAUUCUGGCAGGACCUUACAUUCUUUUACGGAACGUGCAUGUCACACUCUCACCGAGCGUUGUCGCCGCGGCGCUUCUCGAGUACGGAGCGUCGCGGCUUUAAUAUCGUUACGCUAGCCUUGUAUAUGCGGAAACCUGUACCUACUGUCGGGCUUUCCAAGCUUGUGUAUUUGACUCACUAUAUACCCACUCACAUAAAUACUCCUUUGUUGCUAUCGCG